GUGUCUUCUUUAUAUCCACCACCGCCAAACGCUCUUUUUGCCUAUUACCUCCUGUUUGGAAGAAAAGAAAAUCAAAAAAGAAAACAAAAGAAACGCCCAGACAAACCGAAACCAACAAAUCCAGAGAAACACUGUUUUGCUAAAUAAUCAUCAUAUCUCUUGGAUUUUCAUUUCUCUUCUCCCCAGAGAGUCGAGUCUCUUUCGAUCGCUAUGGCAGGAGAAACGUCCAUCCGAACUGCAUCACCAGCAGCAGCUGUGCUAAAAGGCGAAGGCUUUUAUAAAGUUUUUCAUUAAUUAAUCGAUUGGUUGCUUUACCCUAUUUCUGUAUCUGUGUUCUUCGAUUAGGGUUAGGGUUUUCUUCAGAAAAGGUCCAAAUUGUUGGUAUUGUAAUUGUUCUGUUAUCCGUAGUCUUGUUAUCGAGAAAUUGGAUCAAGGGUUACUCUUUUUUUUUUUCCAAUUUGUUUCAUCAUCUUCGUAGCUUUGGUGGUAACACAAUUGGUUGUAUCCACCCAUUACUGUACAAUUAACAAUUGCUUCAUCGUUACUCUUCUAUUUACUUUUUUAUGAUUUGAUGUUUAUUAGGAGAGAAGUAUGUCAAGAAUAUUAUGGAUAAAAUUUAUGCUUAAUCUAUUUGUUUGACAGCAAACCAAAAAAGAAAAAAGAAAAGAAAACAAAAGAAAAGAAAAAAAAAAAAAAACUAUAACGAUAAGCUCAAUGGCUAGUGGCCAAAAUAAUGGGCAUCGACUGGGCAUUACAGAACCAAUUUCGUUGGGUGGACCAACGGAGUUUGAUGUGACGAAGACUCGUGAGCUUGAGAAGUUCUUGCAAAAUGCGGGCCUGUAUGAGAGCAGGGAGGAGGCUGUGAGUAGGGAGGAAGUGCUUGGGAGAUUAGACCAGGUGGUGAAGACUUGGGUUAAAGCUAUUAGCCGUUCAAAAGGGUUGAAUGAGCAGCUGGUGCAAGAAGCAAAUGCUAAGAUAUUCACUUUUGGUUCUUAUCGUCUAGGGGUCCACGGCCCUGGUGCGGAUAUAGACACGCUUUGUGUUGGACCUAGGCACGCAACAAGAGAAGAGGACUUCUUUGGCGAGCUACAUAAAAUGCUAGCAGAGAUGCCUGAAGUUACAGAAUUGCAUCCUGUGCCCGAUGCUCAUGUCCCAGUGAUGAAGUUCAAAUUGAAUGGAGUUUCUAUUGAUCUUCUUUAUGCAAAACUUUCGCUUUGGGUUAUUCCUGAAGAUUUAGAUAUUUCUCAGGACUCAAUUUUACAAAAUGCAGAUGAGCAGACAGUUAGAAGUCUUAAUGGUUGCAGAGUUACUGACCAGAUUCUGCGUUUGGUCCCAAAUAUUCAGAAUUUCCGCACUACUUUGAGAUGCAUGCGCUUUUGGGCAAAGCGUCGUGGUGUUUAUUCAAAUGUUGCCGGUUUUCUUGGUGGUAUAAACUGGGCAUUGCUUGUUGCUCGCAUUUGCCAGUUAUAUCCUAAUGCCCUGCCAAAUAUGUUAGUAUCUCGAUUCUUUAGAGUUUAUAAUCAAUGGCGUUGGCCAAAUCCUGUCAUGCUUUGUGCGAUUGAAGAGGGAUCUCUUGGGCUUCAAGUUUGGGAUCCUAGAAGAAAUCCGAAGGAUAGAUUCCAUUUGAUGCCUAUAAUUACUCCUGCUUAUCCAUGUAUGAAUUCUAGCUACAAUGUUUCAGCAAGUACUUUGCGGAUCAUGACUGAUGAGUUUCAGAGGGGUCAUGAACUAUGCGAGUCUAUGGAGGCAAACAAGGCAGAAUGGGAUGCCCUCUUUGAGCCUUAUCCUUUCUUUGAAGCUUACAAAAAUUAUCUACAGAUUGAAAUCUCUGCAGAAAAUGCUGAUGAUUUAAGAAAGUGGAAAGGCUGGGUUGAGUCUCGCCUCCGUCAGCUUACAUUGAAGAUUGAGAGGCAUACAUAUAAUAUGCUACUAUGUCACCCUCACCCUGGUGAUUUUCAAGACAAAUCUCGACCUUUCCAUUGCUGUUACUUCAUGGGCUUGCAACGAAAGCAAGGAGGUCCAGCAAAUGAAGGUGGGCAAUUUGAUAUAAGGCUAACUGUUGAGGAGUUUAAGCAGUCUGUCAACAUCUACAUGCUAUGGAAGCCUGGAAUGGAGAUCUAUGUCACCCAUGUAAAGCGCAGGAACAUACCUGCUUUUGUAUUUCCAGGUGGAGUUCGGCCUUCACGUCCCGUUAAAAUAGUAUCAGAGAGCAGACGGGGUUCAGGAUCUAAGGUUUCUGGUCAUGCUGGUUCAGACAGAUCAUGUGAAGGAAAACUAGUUUCAGAUGGAGCAGAUGAUGGAAGGAAGAGAAAGCGGGUGGAUGAUAACAUAGAAACUCAAGACAGCAAAGCUAAAGGUAUCCCUGUUGUACCUGUACAUAGUGGGGAAGUUCGUGAGGGUAGUCCACCUGUCAGCACAGUGAGUUCAUGUUCUGUAAAGAGUGACCAAGUGGAGGGAAAUGUGUCGGGGGAAUCAAGGAUGGAAAACCCAGAGAAUAACGCAAUAGGUACAUUAAGCAUAAGGAACACAGAGGUAUCUUCUAGGAACGGUGAGGGUGAUGGAUCAGUAAGAUGCAAUCCACCUAGUGCAGCUUUCAUUGACAGUGUUGUUACAUCAAGCUCUAAAGAGGCAGAGAAGUUAGCAAUAGAAAAGAUGAUGUGUGGUCCAUAUGUUGCACAUCAAGCUUCUCCACAGGAACUUGAUGAGCUUGAAGAUGAUUUUGAUUUCGGAGAUCGAGUCAAAGAUGUGGAAAGCACAAAAGGCAGCCCCAUGGAGUCCUCAACAGCCAAUGUUACAGUAGCAGCACCAGUAACUUCUAGUAAUAAAGCUGGUCCUUCAACUGGUUCAUAUUCUAAUGGGGUCCUAGAGGAGCUUGAGCCUUCUGAACUUGCAGCACCACUUCCGAUUGGGAUACCUUCUGCCUCCAUACCACAGCGGAAACCACUAAUCCGAUUGAAUUUCACUUCCUUAGGCAAGGCUACCGGGAAAAGCUCUUAAGAGGGACCUUUCUAGAGUGUGCCUACCAGAUUGAAGCUCCUGUUGGAUGGAUGGGUCUUGUGGGGUUCAAUCUGACAUGUAAAUUAAGAAGAAGUCGAGUUUGUUUCUUCUUUUGUAAUAUUAAUAAAUCUUUAACAAAGCCAUGUUUUCCUUAUUCCAUGUGCAUGGAGAUGAGAAAUCCGAAAAGCUGUUUAGCUUGAGAAAAAUAUAUUCUUUGAGAAAAUCUAUCAUAUAUCAGAAGCGUGACCGAGUCUAUGGUAAUCUUUAA